CCCCCCCCCUCUUCCCCAAAACAUUAUUUUGGGUUGUUUUGGGCUAGGUUGACUGACGUGGCAUUUUCAAUGUGGCAAAAAAUAUUUUAAAAAUAAUGGGCCCACUUGUCAGUGCUCCAUAUAUUCUCACCUCUUCUCUUCUACCUCCAUCCACCUCGAUCUCUCUAUCUACCCUUGAACCGAGCAGGGAGGAGGAGGAGGGGCGGCAGCGGAAAUUGGUCCCCCGGGUCGCUUGAGGCGAAGCGUGGCCAGCUGGAGAAGCCUAGGGCGGUGGUGGUGCGUGGUUGGCCGAAGAAUAAUCCUAGGACAACGGCAGCGGCGGUAGUCUAAGAUCCAAGGAGAGGGCACCGGUACAACGCCCUCGUCGGCGCACAGCUCUGUGAACUACACGAGCUCCGCGACGGCCUCCCCACGCCACAGCACCCUCUCGAGCCCGGCUGGCCGCGUCGAUGACGACCAGCGGCACCCCAAGGUCGGGGAAGGAGAAGCCCCUGGCCUUCUCCUUUCAGCGAGGUGACAUCCCUCAGCUCCUAGCCUGCUCCUGACAUCAUCUGCUAACUCAGCGCUGGAGUGGGAACCCAGCAACAGCGUCGGCCUCCUCCAAUGCGUCCGCUCCGAGGUGGCGGUACGGGAACCCAGGAGAUGAUCUCCUCGCCCGCGGCUGGUGCUCCUGCCGUUGACACCAAAAGAGGGACUCGAGGAGGCAUGUGGUGACAACAUCGGCAGCGACCUCAGACCCAAAGGAGAGGCGAGGCGAUGCCGGCGUGGGAGGAGGCCGAGCCGCACGCCGGCAUGGGAGGAAACGGAGCUCUGGUCGACGUCCUCCAUGAGCUCACGCACUGCACCUUCCUCCCCAACCUGUUGGCCCUUGCCGCCGGCGCUUUCUCCGCUCACCGAGAGAGGAAAAGAAGGGGGAGAGGAAAAAAAAAGCAACGCCAACAAGUGGGGCCACCGGUUUUUAUUUGUUUUUCUGACUGUAUUGCCACGUGGACUGUAUCGAGUUAAGGGAGUAAUUCGUUGGGUUUUAGGAGUUUGGGGGUGUUGAAUGUCCGGUAUUGCAGUUAGGGCCUAGAGGGGGGGGAUCGUACUACAGCAAUAGUUUGGGGGUGUAGCUGAUGACCCGGUAUAAUUAAUGCUCCCACUUCCACGCUUGAAAAGUUACUACAAUCUGUUGCCAGCCUAACCAUAUUACUGGGAUUACUCCCAAUCUCAAGAACUGAAGUCUUAACCACAGAGAAUUUGAUAUACGGUUAGAUAUAUACUCUCACCCUGAUCAAGUGAUCAUUGCACGGCGUAUCCGGCAACCACACCAUGCAUCAAGAAGCACAGUUUCGAUUCCUUCUCCUACUCCUCUUCCUUUCGACGGCAACGUCGUCCGCCGACGCCGCCGUCUCGUCGACGUCCGGGCGCGCCAUGUCGCUGCCCGGCUGCCCCGACAAGUGCGGCGACGUCUCCAUCCCCUACCCGUUCGGCAUCGGCGACCGCUGCGCCGCCGCCGGCCUGAGCCGCUUCUUCAACCUCACCUGCGACGGCUCGCGGUCGCCGCCGGUGCCCAUGCUGGGUGACCCCGGCGCCCAGGCGGACGUCAUCGACUUCUCGCCGGAGCGCGGCGAGCUGCGGCUCUACGCCGGCCUCAGCUACGCCUGCUACGCGUCGUCGGCCACCUCCCCGUCCACCAACGCCACGUUCGCCUUCUCCCUCGUGGGCACCCCGUUCCGCGUCUCGCCGUCGCGCAACCGGCUCACGGUGGUCGGGUGCAGCGCGCUGGGCCUGGUGGUCGGCACCGCCAGCGGCGGCGGCGGCGACGACGACGACCUGUACGCCACGGGCUGCUUCACCUACUGCGCCGAGCUGAACGCCGCGGGCGCCGACGGCGCGCCGUGCGCCGGGGCGGGGUGCUGCCAGGUGCCCAUCUCGCCGGACAUCCCCUACCUCGGCGCGGCGUUCCGCACCGGCAACUGGACGAACACCGCGUGGCGGUUCAACCCGUGCUUCUACGCCAUGGUCGCCGAGGACGGGUGGUACAGCUUCCGGCGGCGCGACCUCGUCGGCGUCCUCGCGUACUACAACGAGACCGUGGACGCCGGCCGUGGCGUCCCCGUCGUCAUCGACUGGGCCGUCAGGGACGGGUGGUGCCCGGCGACGGCGGAGGAGAGGGCGCGGCGGAAGUACGCGUGCGUGAGCGGUAACAGCUACUGCGUCAACUCGAGCAACGGCAUGGGGUACACCUGCAACUGCUCCCGAGGCUACGAGGGCAACCCCUAUCUAGCCGGCGGUUGCCAAGACAUAAACGAGUGCGUUCUACGGGAGCAAGACCCCAAGUACGAGGAGAUGUACCCGUGCAGGCAUGGCAUCUGCAUUAACACACCAGGUAGCUACCGCUGCAAAUGCAAGGCUGGAACAAAAAGGGAUGGCACGAAUUUUGGGUGCCAACAAUACAGAGGGAUUAUCUCAUCUGUGACAAAACUCUUUUGUUUCAUAGGCCUGAGUGCCUGUGCUAUACUGGCAAUGGCUCUGUCAUGCUUGCUAGUCAUUCAACUUCAGAGAAGGAAACACAUACAGGAGAAACAGCAAUACUUCAAGCAAAAUGGAGGCCUCAGGCUGUUCGACGAAAUGGUGUCGAGGCAGGUCGACACGGUGCGCGUCCUCACCGAAGACGAGCUCAAGAAAGCCACCAACAACUUCAGCGACGAUCAGGUCAUCGGUUGCGGCGGCCACGGCACGGUGUACCGGGGCACGCUCGACGAUCUCCGGGAGGUCGCCAUCAAGAGGUCCAAGGCGGCGGUCGACGGCCGCGGCGGCGGCGGCUGCGAGGAUGAGUUCGUCAACGAGAUCAUCGUGCUCUCGCAGAUCAACCACCGCCACGUCGUGCGGCUGCUCGGCUGCUGCCUGGAGGUGCACGUCCCGAUGCUGGUGUACGAGUUCGUCCCCAAUGGCACCCUGUUCGACCUCCUCCAAGGCGGGACGGCGGCGCGGCGCCGGCCGGUGUCGCUGGGCCUCCGGCUGAAGAUCGCGGCGCAGUCCGCGGAGGCGCUGGCGUACCUGCACUCGUCGGCGUCGCGCGCGAUCCUCCACGGCGACGUCAAGUCCCUUAACAUCCUGCUCGACGGUGCGCUCGACGCCAAGGUCGCCGACUUCGGCGCGUCGGUGCUGAGGUCCGCCAUGGGCGAGGGCGAGUCGUUCAUCGAGUACGUUCAGGGCACCCUGGGCUACCUCGACCCGGAGAGCUUCGUCAGCCGCCACCUCACCGACAAGAGCGACGUGUACAGCUUCGGCGUCGUCCUCGCGGAGCUCGCCACCCGGAGGAAGGCGGUGUACGACGACGACGACGCCUCCUGCUCCGGCCACGGGGGCCAGAAGCGGUCUCUGUCCACCGCGUUCCUCGCCGCGCUCAGGCACGGCGAGCUCUGGAGCGUGCUGGACCGCGAGCUCGUGAGGCGCCCCGAUGACGACGGCGACGGCGACGACAAGGCGGCGGUGGACGUGGUCCGUGAGCUCGCGGAGCUCGCGGCGCGGUGCCUGGGCCCGAGCGGGGACGAGAGGCCGGCGAUGAAGGAGGUGGCGGAGCGGCUGCAGGUGCUGAGGCGGCGAGCCGAGAUGCGGGCGGUGGCCGGAGCUGGAAGGGACAGCAACGGUGGCGAGGUGGAUCGCAGCUGGAUCAUGUGUGGAGGAGGAGGAGGAGCAGUGGGGCGCGGCCAUUUGGACACGAACACGACGGCUUCUUACCAGAGCACGGAGACUGACAAGAUGCCGCUGACGCUGAGUGUGAACGACCUUGCACGCUGAGACUUCGGGAGACGUACGUCUUCUCUCAAGUAAAAUUGUGUAUUGGAAACUAUGAAAAGGAUUAUAGGAUGGUGCUUCUAUAAGCUCAUUUAUUAGGAACAGUAUAUACAUAACAAUGCUCUAAAUUGGCUACUAUCAAGCUGUAUGGUCGAUGGAAACUCUUUUAAUCACCCGAUUUAAUUUAAUUUAAUC